UGUAUAAGCAAAGAAAGUCUUACCAGUGGGAGUUGAAGCGAAUCCUGGAGAGCAAACUGCGACUGUGGAAAUGUUGAGCUUAACAAUUCCCGAGCCAUUGUCGUCGUCAGCUUCUGCUCUUCGACCCUCCGCCAGAUUACUUACAGGUUUCAUUCAGAAACCCACUUCUCUUUCAUGGCCGUCUUCUUUUCCCAAGCUCUGCAUCUCCUUCGACGCCAUUGCAGCACCUCCAUUUUCCACGCACGAUAGAAAUUCUUUCAUUCGAGCAGCCUGGACACGAAGAUCUCGAGGAGAAGCUGCAAAAAGACCGAACAGGAAAUCAUGGAAGCAAAGAACAGAUAUGUACAUGAGACCAUUUGUUUUGGAUGUUUUCUUUUCGAGGAGGUUCAUCCAUGCCAAAGUGAUGCAUCGAGCAACAAGCAAAGUGGUAUCGGCAGCAAGUACCAAUUCCAAGGAUUUAAGGUAUUCAUUACCAUCACCUACUGAUGACAAUGCAUGCCGGAUUAUAGGGAACAUAAUUGCAGAGAGAUGUAAAGAAGCUGAUGUAUUUGUAAUGUCUUAUGAGCCUCCAAAGAGUGAAAGAAUUGAAGGGAAAAUUGAGAUUGUCAUUGACACCAUUAAGGAGAAUGGUAUCCUAUUCGUCUAGGCAAA